AUGGUAAUAGUACAGAGUACAGAGGUUGUACAAAGCUACAAUGACAUUCUUCGUCACAAGGAGCGGAAGGUCACUUUCGACGUCGACGGGCUGUGUCGACUUGCAGCUGAGUCCGUGAACCAAAGUCUUACAGAUGUCGUCAGCUUGUCCAAGCUUGCGGAGGGCGGUUUCAACCGCACCUUUGUCGUCACUCUACGCGACGGUCGGCAGGUGGUCGCCCGUAUUCCCUACCCUGUAACGGCCCCAGACUACUACGCCGUUGCCAGUGAGAUCCCUGCUCCAAAGAUUUACAGGUAUUCAACCGACUCGGACAACCCCGCUGGAACGCCGUAUAUUCUUAUGGACUUUGUUCAAGGCUCGAAACUCAGCGACGUCUGGCCCAGUCUCAGCGACCAUGAGGUUAUUUCCAUCAUCCACCAGCUCACUCAGCUCGAAUCACAAAUGAUGUCGCUAUCAUUCCCCGCUGGCGGGAGCCUUUACUUUACCAGAGACAUCGAGAAGGUCGCCCCGGGGCUGGGCAUACCGCUGGAGGACAACCGUUUCUGCGUUGGCCCAGACACGAAGCUGGCGUUGUGGUAUGGAAGAAGAACACACCUGGACGUCAAUAGAGGACCGUAUCAUAGCGCCGAAGAAGCCCUUGCAGCGGCAGCGCACAAGGAGAUCGCUUACCUGAAGCAGUUCGGACAACCGCUGAAGGCCAGCAGGGGCUUCGAACUCUUACAGUCCAUGGGCGGCGACUACGAGUCUGCAGUAGCUUUCUUCAAGGGAUGGAAGGAGAAGGCGUUGGCGGAGGCCGAGUCAGUGGAGGAACGGGACGAGAUCAUGGCUCACUGGCCGUGGGACGACAUGGACGAAGAGAUAUAUAACCAGCCGUCUUCGUCCUGCUGUAUGAUACUCGCCGGCAUCACGCCCAACUCCACCAACCAUAUGUCCCAACCGGUAAUCGUUGACAAGGUCAAUAAAACCUGGUAA